AGGAAACCACCGGCGGUGGGCGCGCGCUUGGAAGGCUGCAGGCGCCAUGGGCAGAGUGAGGAACGGCGCCAGCACCCAGCCGCGGGGGCGAAAGCGCCCCGGGGAUCCCGCCACCGCCUGUGCAGCCAUCGCGGUCAUGGGAGCCCGGCGCCCCCCUUUCCAAGUCCGCGUGGGGAGCCACGCGGCGGGAAGGAAGUCAGCGGCGGCCAGGCGGGAUCCCGCAAGGUUGCGGCGGAAGCGCUGGUGGCGGCGGGCCCGGGAGGCAGGCUCCAAGGGCCCGCUGCGAUCCCCGAAGCCGCGGGCGCCCGCCGUGUCCGCCGGCGAGAUGGACCUGGGCGCGCAGCGGGAGCGCUGGGAGACGUUCAGGAAGCGGCGGGGCCUCAGCUGCGAGGGCGCCGCCAAGUUCCUGCUGGACACCUUCGAGUACCCAGGCCUGGUGUAUCACACCGGAGGCUGCCACUGCGGCGCGGUCCGCUUCGCCGUCUGGGCCCCCGCAGACCUGCGCGUGGUGGAUUGCAGCUGCAGGCUGUGCAGGAAGAAGCAGCACCGACACUUCCUCGUCCCGGCCUCGCGCUUCACUCUCCUGCUGGGCGCCGAGAGCAUCGUCACCUAUCGAUCCCACGCGCACCCGGCGCUGCACAGCUUCUGCGGCAGGUGCGGGGUGCAGAGUUUCCACGCCUCUGUCUCUGACCCCGGCGUGUAUGGCGUCGCCCCGCACUGCCUGGACGCCGGCACCGUGCGCAGUGUGGUCAUCGAGGAGGUCGACGGUGGCGACUGGGGGGAGGAGGCCGUGAAGGAGCCCAAGGCCAUCCAGAGCGCGUCCCCCGAGUGAGCUCCUGCCUCUCCUCCCGAAGAGGAGCAGUGACUGGGGCCGCAACACGCCUGAAACAUGCCCGCCCCCCCCCCCCCCCCCCCGAGGGAGCCACCUCAGUGCUUGUGAAGGGAUUGCUGUAUGAAAGAGGUCGGUUUCUGGACUGAUGACCCCGUGAUGUCUCUCCAGGUUUCCACCCCUUCCCUUUCAGUGUUUUGCAACGAACUUGGACUUGCUUAUGAUCAAAAAACUGAGCACACAUUUGUCUGUCAACAGCCAUAAUCUUCCAAUCCAAUAAGCAAGUAGUGUCUCUACUUUUUCAAGUCGCCUUGUGUAACCCUGCCUUGUAUUCUUUAUUCUUCGUGUAGUUCUCGUAGAUCAUUUUCAGAUCAUUCAUAUGUAUUGUACCGUUACGGUGCUAUUGUGAACGAGAUUGUUUUUAAUGGUCGCAUCUGGUAUGCAGGACCACUCCCUAUAUCCAAACACUUUGGUGAACAUUUCUUAGGACGUUUCCUGUUGAUUAUCUGCGUGCGU